AUGGCGGUGGACACGGCAACCGAGCUGCUGUUUUUAGACACGUUCAAGCACCAGAGCGCGGAGCAGAGUACCAAUAUAGAUGUAGUUCGUUUUCCAUGCGUGGUUUACAUAAAUGAAGUACGUGUCAUUCCUCCAGGAGUGAGAGCUCACACAAGUUUGCCUGACAAUAGAGCUUAUGGAGAGACAUCCCCACAUACAUUUCAACUGGACUUGUUUUUCAACAAUGUCAGCAAGCCAAGUGCCCCUGUUUUUGAUAGGCUGGGGAGCCUUGAAUAUGAUGAAAACACUUCAAUUAUUUUCAGACCCAAUGCAAAGGUCAACACGGAUGGAUUAGUUCUAAGAGGGUGGUACAACUGUCUGACUUUGGCAAUAUAUGGCUCAGUCGACAGGGUAAUAAGUCAUGAGAGAGAGUCACCUCCUCCACCCCCACCUCCGCCACCACCUCCCCAGCAACAGCCUGGUUUGAAAAGAAACCCAAAACAUGUUGAUGGAGAGAAAGAAGACCAGUUCAAUGGCAGCCCUCCAAGACCACAACCUAGGGGACCAAGGACACCUCCAGGCCCUCCUCCUCCUGAUGAUGAUGAGGAUGAACCUAUGCCAGUGUCAGUGGUUGGGGAAAAAGAAGAUGAUGUGGACCAUAGGGAGGAUUACUUUGAGCCCAUUUCUCCUGAUCGAACAUCCAUUCAUCAAGAAAGCCAGUAUUCUGAUGAUGGAGAAGUGGAGGAAGAUCAACCAGAAGAAGGAGAAGAUGAAGAUGAUGUGGAUGUUGAGGAGGACGACGAUGAGGAUGAUGAUGAUGGGCAUACAGUAGAGAGUAUUGCUGAUGAGGAAGAGGAAGAGGAGGAUGAAGAUGAAGAUGAAGAAGAAGGUGAAGAUGAGGAAGAAGGUGAAGGCGAUGAUGGAUAUGAGCAGAUUUCAAGUGAUGAAGAUGGAAUUGCUGAUCUGGAACGUGAAACAUUUAAGUAUCCAAGCUUUGAUAUUGAAUAUACUCCCGAGGAUUUGGCCUCUGUGCCUCCUGUGACUUAUGAACCUUUUGAAAGGGAGCUUGGACCUCUUUUAUACUUCAGCUGCCCUUACAAGACUGUAUUUGAAAAUGAAGUUGCUAAAAUAAAGGACCAAGACCCAGAAAAAGAAAAUUCAGGGGCAGUGGAAGCCUCAGUUAAAUUAACUGAACUGUUGGAAUUAUAUCAAGAGGAAAGGGGUGCAAAGUGGGUCACUGCAUUAGAAGAAGUUCCGAGUUUAAUAGUAAAAGGAUUGAGCUACCUGCAGGUGAAAGACACAAAGCAAGACUAUAUUACCCAGCUAGUAGACUGGACCCUGCAAGCUUUAAACCUUCAGGUAGCUCUCAAACAGCCCAUUGCUUUGAAUGUCCGACAACUCAAAGCUGGGACAAAACUGGUAUCAUCGUUAGGAGAAUGUGGGACUCAAGGAAUAACGGCACUCUUGCAGGCAGGAGUUAUUAAUGUGUUAUUUGAACUGUUGUUUGCAGAUCAUGUAUCAUCCUCCCUUAAACUUAAUGCUUUUAAAGCUUUGGAUAGUGUUAUUAGCAUGACUGAGGGAAUGGAAAUGUUUCUAAGGGGCGGUGUAGAUGUACAUGAAAAAAGUGGUUACCAGAAACUCCUGGAACUCAUACUAUUAGACCAGACUGUGAGAGUAGUUACUGCUGGUUCUGCAAUUCUCCAGAAAUGCCACUUCUAUGAGAUUCUGUCGGAUAUUAAAAAGGUGGUUGAUCAGUUAGCAGAGAACACUCCUUCUCUUCCUAAUCACACGGAGCCAGAACAAGACCAGGACUUGGCAGGACUUGAAAGAACCAACCAAGAAUAUGAGAAUGAUGUGGAGGCUCCUAUGGAUAUGGAUCAUCUUUUGGAAUCUUCUAAUAUAAGCGAAGGAGAGAUGGAAAAACUUGUUAGUCUUCUUGAAGAAAUCUUCCAUUUGAUGGAAACUGCUCCUCAUACAAUGAUUCAGCCACCUGUGAAAUCUUUCCCAACUAUGGCACGCAUUACAGGCCCUCCAGAAAGGGAUGAUCCUUACCCUGUCCUGUUUAGAUAUCUUCAUAGUCACCAUUUCUUGGAAUGCAUUACUUUGCUACUGUCUAUUCCAGUGACAGGUGCACAUCCAGGUGUGCUUCAAGCUAUACGAGAUAUAUUGCGUUUCCUGGCACAGUCACAGAAGGGUCUUCUUUUCUUUAUUUCUGAGUAUGAAGCAACAAACUUGUUGAUUAGAGCACUUUGCCAGUUUUCUGAUCCGGAUCAAGAGGAAGGUCUCCAAUCGGAUGGUGCCAAUGAGGAUACUUUUGCCCUGUGGCUCCUGCAUUCGACACAGACGUUACAGUGCAUUUCAGAAUUAUUCUGCCACUUUCAGCGGUGCACAGCCAGUGAGGAGACCGACCAUUCGGAUCUGCUGGGAACACUUCACAACCUUUACUUGAUUACCUUUAACCCUGUGGGAAGAUCUGCAGUGGCUCAUGUAUUCAAUCUGGAGAAAAAUCUCCAAAGUCUUAUUACUUUAAUGGAGUACUAUUCCAAAGAAGCUUUAGGAGACUCAAAGUCUAAGAAGUCAGUUGCUUAUAAUUAUGCCUGCAUCCUUGUUUUGCUGGUCGUUCAAUCUUCCAGUGAUGUCCAAAUGUUGGAACAGCACUCAGCGCCUUUGCUGAAGCUUUGUAAGGCAGACGAAAAUAACACCAAAUUGCAAGAGCUCAGCAAGUGGCUUGAACCUUUGAAAAACCUUAGAUUUGAAAUAAAUUGUAUUCCAAAUCUCAUUGAAUAUAUCAAACAGAAUAUUGACAGUUUGAUGACCCCAGAUGGAGUUGGUCUUCCUACUGCGCUUCGUGUUCUUUGUCAUGUUGCAUGUCCACCACCUCUGGUAGAAGGUCAACAGAAAGACCUUAAAUGGAAUCUUGCAGUUAUUCAGCUCUUUUCUUCUGAGGGAAUGGACACCUUCAUUCGGGUAUUGCAGAAGCUGAACAGCAUACUUAUUCAGCCUUGGCGACUCCAUGUCAACAUGGGCACCACGCUUCACAGAGUUACUACUAUUUCUAUGGCCCGCUGUACACUUACUCUCCUUAAAACAAUGCUAACAGAACUGCUGAGGGGUGGAUCUUUUGAAUUCAAAGACAUGCGUGUUCCAUCAGCACUUGUUUCUCUACACAUGCUCCUGUGUUCUAUUCCUCUCUCAGGCCGCUUAGAUAGCGAUGAACAAAAAAUUCAGAAUGACAUUGUUGAUAUUUUACUGACUUUUACACAAGGUGUUAAUGAAAAACUUACCAUUUCGGAAGAAACUUUGGCGAACAAUACUUGGUCUUUAAUGCUGAAGGAAGUUCUUUCUUCAAUUUUGAGAAUUCCCGAAGGCUUUUUCUCUGGACUUAUACUGCUUUCAGAAUUGUUGCCUCUUCCACUGCCCAUGCAGACAACUCAGGUAAUUGAACCACAUGAUAUUUCAGUGGCACUCAACACCAGGAAGCUGUGGAGUAUGCAUCUUCAUGUUCAAGCCAAACUGAUACAAGAGAUAGUUCGAUCUUUCUCUGGUUCAUCUUGCCAGCCUAUUCAGCAUAUGUUGAGACGUAUUUGUGUUCAGUUGUGUGACUUGGCUUCACCUACUGCUCUUCUUAUCAUGAGGACUGUAUUGGAUCUGAUUGUAGAAGACCUACAAAGCAACACAGAAGAUAAAGAGAAACAGUACACUGGACAGACCACUCGAUUGCUUGCUUUAUUGGAUGCCCUGGCUUCUCACAAAGCUUGUAAAUUGGCUAUUUUGCAUCUUAUCAAUGGAACUACUAAAGGUGAUGAAAAGUAUGCAGAGAUUUUCCAGGAGCUCUUGGCUUUAAUGCGAUCGGCUGGGGACAAUGUCACUCAUCAACAGAGCGCUGAAUAUGUAACUUCCCUUUUGCAAUCUCUCUGUGAUCAGGAUAUUGCACUCAUUUUACCAAGUUCAUCAUCAGAAGGCUCUGUGUCUGAAUCAGAGCAGCUUUCCAAUUCCUUACCAAGCAAAGAGCUGAUGCCCUUAAUUUGUGACUGUCUGAUGGAAACAUUAACUAAUUCUGAGAGCAGUUACAGUUGUCUGCUGACAUGUAUCCGAACAAUGAUGUUCCUUACAGAGCAUGACUAUGGCUUCUAUCACUUAAAGAGCUCUCUAAGAAAACAUAGCAGUGCUCUGUACACUGUAUUAAAACGAGUAAUAACUAGUUUUAGCAAAGACACAGGUGAACUGGCCUCUUCUUUUUUGGAUUUUAUGCGACAGAUUCUAAACUCUGAUACGCUGGGAUGUUGUGGAGAUGAUGGAAGCCUUAUGGAAGCAGAUGGAUCUCAUCCAGGCAGAACGCUGGGUCUAACUACUGCAGAGUUAAAACAUCUACUGCAGAACAAAGAAGAAACCCCAGAAAACCUGCUGCUUGAUCUGGAGAAACAUGUUAUGGAUCGUUCUAAGGAAGAUGAUGGCCUUGAAUCCUUACUGGACAACAUUGUUGGAGUGAGGCAGAUGUUGGAAUCGGCAGGUGAUUCUUGUCCGCUGAGUGACCAAGAUGUAGAGCCUAUUCUUUCUGCACCAGACUCUCUUCAGAAUUUGUUUAACAACAGGACUACAUACGUGUUGGCAGACGUGAUGGAUGACCAGCUGAAGUCCAUGUGGUUCUCGCCCUUUCAGGCUGAAGAAAUAGAUACUGAUUUGGAUAUGGUAAAAGUUGACUUAAUUGAACUGUCAGAGAAGGGCUGCAGUGACUUUGACUUGCAAGCUGAAUUGGAGAGGUCAUUUUUGUCAGAACCGUCAUCUCCUGGCCGCACAAAAACCACAAAAGGGUUCAAACUUGGCAAGCACAAGCAUGAGACCUUCAUAACUUCAAGUGGAAAAUCUGAGUACAUAGAGCCUGCAAAGAGAGCUCAUGUUGUGCCACCACCAAGAGGAAGAGGCAGGGGAGGAUUUGGACAAGGAAUUCGACCACAUGAUAUCUUCCGUCAGAGGAAACAGAAUACAAGCAGGCCACCCUCCAUGCAUGUGGAUGAUUUUGUUGCUGCAGAGAGCAAAGAAGUGGUUGCUCCAGAUGGGAUACCACCAGCCAAAAGGCCACCAAAAGUGUCACAGAAGAUUUCUUCACGUGGUGGCUUCUCAGGGAAUCGUGGAGGACGAGGAGCUUUUCACAGUCAGAACAGGUUCUUUACACCACCUGCUUCAAAAGGAAAUUACAGUCGUCGUGAAGGUGCUCGAGGCUCAAGUUGGAGUGCACAGAGUACGCCCAGGGGAACCUACAAUGACAGUAGAGGUGGUCAGAGCAAUUUUAACAGGGGUCCACUGCCACCACUGAGACCAUUAAGUUCAGCAGGCUACCGACCGAGUCCUCGCGACCGUGCUUCCAGAGGCCGGGGAGGAAUUGGACCGUCUUGGACAAGUGCUAAUAGUAGUAGCAGUGGUGGCUCAAGAGGAAAGUUUGUUAGUGGAGGCAGUGGAAGAGGUCGUCAUGUACGUUCCUUCACACGAUAAAAUGGGUCCUAAUGGAACAGCCCAACCGUGUGGACUUCUGUGAAGAUGACAAAGAAAGUGGCGGCACUAAAGGACCAAUUCAGAGUUACUGGUAUCUGGAGGACAUCAAGAGAAUAUUUUUGU